AAUGAAAAUAAAAGCAUAAAAAGUAUAUCCUUAUUAAAAGUCUAAAAAUAUAGUUGUUGUGUAUAGCAAAGGUAGUGGUAUGUUAUUGGUGUAGUUAUUUGUUUGACUGUUGUAAAACUGCUACUUAUCACAAAGAAACAAGGACUGGUACCACUCAAUGCAGGGAAGAAAACAAGAAUACAAAUGAAGAUUUACUUAUGCACCAACAACAAGUGCACAACUGAUUCCAAAACUGCAGUAUUAUGCACGACUGACUGUAGUUGAUAUUGGUUAAUCGAUACUCUUAUGCAUGUAUAUAAUUUACAAUGUUAGUAGAUUAACUGUUUUUGCUAAUAAACAACUAAAUUUAUGAGUUACGUAGUUACUUUUCCGACAAGAGUUGCUUUUAAGAUUUGGAAGUUAAUUAAGUAUGCUAUAAGAAACUUGUGUGGAUCAGUAAUUAUGAAAACGAAUUGGAUUCAGGAAAAACAUGCAAGCGAAUAUUAUUCCGUUUGGGGUAAGAAAUCCACAGAGUGGAUGGAAGGUGAUGGUUUGAAAACACAAGAGGUUGCGACUAUGCUGAAAAGAAACUUCUCCUUAGGAAAGGCAAGAACUUCUGGAAUGCAAAGAAGACCGACGUAAAUUCUCAAUGGUUAAUUUCUGCCCAAUUUUUAUACGUCUGAAUAGAACGUCUUUCGAUUUGAUGACCCAUAUUCGGAAAGUGUAUCAUUAAGUUGCUAUAUGUUUACAAUCAUGCAGAUAAAUGUUCUUAAAUCCUCUUGAAGGAAACGAUAUUUGCAACUCUUCAAGAACAAGCAAAUUACCACUCACAUAGUGGCUAUAUCAGAUAGCUCGUUCCUCAGGUUAUUGGUAAGCUCUUUCAUAUGCGUAAAACUUUUACCAGUCUGAACUUAUUACUAUUGAUUGUUUCUGAUCACGAAUAAACUUAUCUAAUGUAUCUCUUUGUAGACUAUUUUCUUCAAAUAAUUAACUGUGUUAUCUGACAAAUGAUUUCUAAUAAGAUGGGAUACCCGCUGGCAGUUAUGUCUGGAUUUUGUGCAGCGUGCACCAGUCUAUAUAGCAAGUUAUUAAGCGAGGGUUACAUGUUAAACAAAUUGCUGGAGUGUUUCCCAGAUGCGAAUAAGAAUUUUCUCGUCGUUUUAAGCUACGGUGGUGCUGUUGUUCUGAAUGUCAUAAUGUGGCUGGCUCUUGUCACAGCACUUGGCAUGGGUCAAAAAGGUGUUGCGGUGUUGGCAACAAACACGCUGUCGAAUUUUGCGUUUUCAGUAAGUCAUUAUAAACGUGUAUCUCGUAACUGUACAGGCAGCUUUUGGCAGGUGUAUUUUCCAAGAAGAACUGACUGCGAAUUGGUUUGCUGGGAUGCUUUGCUUGAGCAUUGGAAUUAUUUUUUUGGUUCGUGAAUAGUAACCUACUGUCCAGUUCGAUGGCUAUGUAUUGACGACACUCUAUGUCUCAGAAUAGAAGUACAAGAAAACUUCGUGGUGAAAAUUGUGUUUUCAGUACUUCUCAUUACAAUAAGUCUUUUCAUCGCUGCACAUUUUGAUUACUAAUGUUAACAUUAGUGGUGUUCCGUGUAUAAACAUAUCGCUGCUGUUUCAUAGCAAGAAUUCUCACGUGUACUACCUUUAUAGUAUCACUUUCUGUAUCCCGAGUUUGAACUUUUAUUCAUUCCAUCACGACAAAUGAUGUUGGAUAUUUCUUACUACCUUUCAGAAAACGUCCACAAUGAGUUUAAAAUGAUUUUUAGAUGUAUUAAGUCACUGUUUUGCGGGUUUAUUUUUGAAUUUCUGAUAAGUAACAAAUACCCGUUGAAGUUGGUUCUCACAGCUUUCUAAAUUUUUUUUGAUAUCAACUUAUUUCAAGAAACAUCUCUUCAGUGAUAUGUAUAGUUUUUUUUCAAAUUCCUAUUUAUGUCUCAGAGGGUUUGUUUUGAUUAUGUGCUGCUCAAGAAAUGGUAUUUUUGAUCCUUUUCGUUUACCGAAUUCUGUUAAUGUACAGCUACAACUUCACAAAUAUUUUACUUUUGC